CUUCUGCCAUAUCUCAAGAGUUUCAGAAGGCUUGGAAGCCACAGGGGGAAGGUGAAUGUACUAUGCCCGUGAGCUAUACAAUAUGUAGAAAGUACUGUUUUCUUACUAGUAUCAAGUUAGGACUUCUUGCUACCACUCCUGCUUUGAUGGUGAUGCAGCUCUAAAAGAAAUCCUAAGAACAAUCCAGCAAAAAUGGUUGAGGUAAAUAAAGAUGUCGUUGAAAAAUACUUGGAGAACAACCCCCAGUUUGCCAAGGAGUAUUUUGACCGAAAAAUGAGGGCAGAAGUGCUGGGAAGUAUCUUUAAAGUGAGCCCUGGCGAUGUGAAGGAAGGAGUCAGCUUCAAAGACAUGUCCCGUCUGGAGGAGUGUAACAUACUUUUUGAGCUGCUAACAGAAAUCCAGGAUGAAGGAGGCACUAUGGAAAAGAUAGUGCACAAGGCCCUGCAGAGGCUGGCACAGCUGCUGGCAGCUGAUCGGUGUAGUAUGUUCGUUUGUCGUUCCCGAAAUGGUAUUCCAGAGGUAGCCACCAGGCUUCUCAAUGUCACUCCAACUUCUAGCUUUGAGGAGAAUUUGGUAAAACCAGACAAUGAGACUGUUUUUCCUCUGGAUAUCGGGAUAGCAGGAUGGGUUGCUCAUACCAAGAAGUUUUUUAAUAUACCUGAUGUGAAAAAGAACAACCAUUUUUCUGACUUCCUGGACAAAAAAACUGGUUAUAGAACAAACAAUAUGUUGGCAACUCCAAUUAUGCAGGGUAAAGAGGUGCUCGCUGUUGUGAUGGCACUCAACAAAUUAAAUUCCACUGAGUUCUCAAAAGAGGAUGAAGAGGUCUUUAAAAAAUACCUCCAUUUUAUAUCUCUGGUCCUAAGAAAUCAUCAUACAACAUACCUCUACAAUAUUGAAUCCCGAAGAAGUCAGAUGCUUUUGUGGUCUGCCAACAAAGUAUUUGAAGAGCUAACAGAUAUAGAACGGCAGUUUCACAAAGCACUGUAUACUAUUCGAAUGUAUCUGAAUUGUGAAAGAUACUCUGUUGGUCUGCUGGACAUGAAUAAAGAGAAGGAGUUCUAUGAUGAAUGGCCAAUCCGGCUGGGGGAGGCAGAGCCUUACAAAGGCCCCAAGACACCUGAUGGACGAGAAGUCAACUUUUAUAAGAUUAUUGACUAUAUUUUACAUGGAAAUGAAGAAAUCAAAGUAAUUCCGUCACCUCCAGCAGAUCACUGGUGUCUUGUUAGUGGAUUGCCAACAUAUGUUGCUGAAAAUGGAUUUAUUUGUAACAUGAUGAAUGCACCAGCAGAUGAAUAUUUCACAUUUCAGAAAGGACCAGUGGAUGAGAGUGGAUGGGUUAUCAAAAAUGUCCUGUCAUUGCCUAUUGUCAACAAAAAAGAAGAAAUUGUGGGAGUUGCAACAUUCUACAACAGGAAAGAUGGAAAACCUUUUGAUGAAUAUGAUGAACAGAUCAUUGAAACUCUCACACAGUUCCUGGGGUGGUCUGUUUUAAAUACUGAGACUUAUGACAAAAUGAACAAGCUUGAAAACAGAAAAGACAUUGCUCAGGAAAUGCUUAUGUACCAGACAAAGGCCACCCCUUCUGAAGUUGAAUCUAUACUGAAAUACAAGGAGAAAUUAAAUGUAAAUAGUAUAGAAGAAUGUGAUCAAAAGGAUCUUAUCAGGAUUUUGAAGGAAGAAUUACCUGAUCCAAAAGAUUUAGAACUGUAUGAAUUUCGCUUCAGUGACUUUCCCGUUACAGAGCAUGGCCUGAUAACUUGUGGAAUACGACUGUUCUUUGAGAUAAAUGUUGUUGAAAAGUUCAAAGUCCCAGCUGAGGUCCUUACAAGAUGGAUGUACACAGUCAGGAAGGGUUAUCGAGAUAUCACUUACCAUAACUGGCGGCAUGGAUUCAAUGUGGGACAAACAAUGUUUACUCUGCUGAUGACAGGCAAAAUAAAGAAAUACUAUACUGAUCUAGAAGCCUUUGCCAUGGUUGCUGCUGCUUUCUGCCAUGACAUUGAUCACAGAGGGACCAAUAACUUGUAUCAAAUGAAGUCAGCUGCUCCACUGGCAAAACUUCACGGCUCUUCCAUUUUAGAAAGGCAUCAUCUAGAGUACAGUAAAACGUUACUGCAAGAUGAGAGUUUAAACAUCUUCCAGAACCUAAAUAAGCAUCAGUUUGAAACCGUUCUGCAUUUAUUUGAAGUUGCAAUAAUAGCAACUGACUUGGCAUUGUAUUUCAAGAAAAGAACUAUGUUUCAAAAGAUUGUGGAUGCAAUUGAAAAAAUGGAAUCUGAAGAGGAGGCAAUUAAAUACGUAUCUAUUGACCCAACCAAAAAGGAAGUCAUCAUGGCUAUGAUGAUGACUGGAUGUGACUUGUCUGCAAUAACCAAGCCUUGGGAAGUACAAAGUAAGGUUGCCCUCAUGGUUGCAAAUGAAUUCUGGGAGCAAGGUGACCUGGAACGAACUGUGCUACAGCAACAACCAAUUCCUAUGAUGGACAGAAGUAAAGGAGAUGAACUACCUAAGCUCCAAGUUGGUUUUAUAGAUUUUGUGUGUACAUUUGUGUACAAGGAAUUCUCAAGGUUUCACAAGGAAAUUACACCUAUGUUUGAUGGUCUUAAAAACAACAGGGUUGAAUGGAAAACACGAGCUGAUGAAUAUGAAGAGAAGAUAAAAGUCAUUGAGGAACAAAAGAAAAAGGAAGAAGCAGCAGCUGCCAAAAAAGGUGGAAAGGGUCGAAAAUGACCUAGUAACAUGGUGAUCCACAGCUUUCAAAUGUAAGUUUUAAUUCUAAUAUUGGUAUCUUACCUUAAAUGAACCUGGAAAUGCAAUUUAUUACAUUGAAAGAAUCUUAACUUUGACCAGUGAACAUCUGUGGAAUCAUUUGAGAGAGACAGUAACAAAAUCAGUAGCUAUAGAUAACAAACAUAGAAAGUGUCUCUCUUAACUAGUAAUUACAAAGGGAUUAAUGCAGGGUUGGACAAAGGCUUAUACAAUUAGGUCAAAUUAAAGUUUUUGUAUCAUCUGUUUCAAGAAUAGAUUCAGAGAUUAUACUGAUCCAUGACUUUAUAUCUUUUGCAUGGCUUGCAUACCUCAGUUUUGUAUGUGUGGGAAGAGAUAUAUAUUUAACUACUGAAACUUUCCAGUAAGAGUGGUUCAGUGUGUGUUUGGUCCUUUGAGAAAUGUUGGUAUCAACUGCUACACUAAAUACACAUAUGUAUAUACAGCACGUGUUAUUGUUUCUUAUUCCAUUUUCCCAGACAAGUAGUGAAAGCACGUUCAAUUUUCAGAAGGUCAAACACAUAUAAUAUGCAUAUCACAAAAGGAACGCCUUUUAAACAAGAAAUUAGACUAGCUAAAAUUAACAGAAAAUACUCACUUUACUUUCCUUCUCUGUUUUUUAGCUGAAAAUGCAGCUGGAGGUGGUGGUGGAAGUGGAGAGGAUGGGAAAUCCAAAACAUGUAUAAUUCUGUAAUUCUUUGUCUCAGACACUGUUUCUGCUACAGAAAAGACACCUAGAAAGAACUCCAAUGAGCCCCAGUGGAGUUCACAGAAUAGUACAGAUUGAUCUCUUAACAAUCCUCAGAAACACUUGCCAUUUGUUGGAAAUAUUUUUAAUGGGAGUAAACAAACAGUUAUAAUUAAAAACUGGAAAAUUAAAAGAAAAAAUAAUGGUGUAAAACGAGUUAACUGUGUGCUCUAGAUAUUUUUUCAUGUCACUCAAUUUAUAUACAGUAUUUUUAUUAAAAUAUGUAACUUCUGCACACUGUCCAGAAAAAAAUUAAAUAAUUUUGACAGAUCUUAUAUGAAAUUGCUGAAUGAUGUCAAACAUGUACAAUUCAAACAAAAAAUUGUGAUUUUCAUAACUUGUAUAUUUAGAUUUUAAUAUUAUGCACAUUACCUUAAUCUGGAAUUAUCCUUUUCCUUCAUUCUCAAUACUAUAUAAAGUUCUGCAGUAAGCAUCUCUGUCAUAUCUAUAAAAAGCAGGCCGAUGGUACAUGGUAUUUUUUCAAAACCACCAAGGAUAAAUCUGCAAAUUGUAGCCACAGGUCUGAAAAAAACACUCUUUUACCCAUGUGCAAAUGGCUCUGCCCACAGUUCCUAAACUGACCACGGUUUAUUGUAAAAAUCUAAAAAGGCAGACCAUAAACAUCAUACUUUGCAUACAAAUAAAAGUUACUAAGAUAUCUAUACCAGUAUAUCUACAGAAGGAUCUAUAUUCAAAGGCAUUUUAAAAGGCUCGUGUACUCCCAAAGGCAUCUUUUUAAAAAUGCAGUUAAUGAAACUAUCUGAAAACCAAUGAAAUGGCACCAAUUUAAUCUAGGGGGCAGAGGACAGCAGAAGUAGAGCACAUCAGAAUUCACACUACCUCCUCUUCUACAACCAAGAAGACAGACUGCACACAAAUUAUCUCUUCAUAAACAACAAACUCCCUACCAAAACCUUCUGUUCUUGAAGAAUGACAGAAUCCACUCCAUACCUUCUACUCAGGUCUCACGAAGCUGGCAGAUGAUGGAAGGAAAACGGCUAGUAUAUUAUGCACGGAUCUGAGUGUUCACUGGAACCAGUUCCAAAUUUAAGAGAUGGAUAUCAAAUGCAAUUCCUGCAACAAACAAGUUUGACAUGCAGACUCAAUCCUGCCACUUUUCUUCCACCUUGAAAGAAAGCAGAUCCAUUCCAUUCUUUUCUUCUUUGAAGGGCCCUCAACAUCCAGAGAAGGGAGAAUGAUUGAAAGAUUUGCCAUAUUAUAUAGCUUUCUAAGAAUGCUCUAUGAACACAGAUACUGUGUACAACUAUCACUCAAGAUUACAGGAAUC